AUGGUCGCGGACCUAAGCUUAUCUACAGGGAUUCGUCUGAUAUCUACGAGGAGCCGACUGGCCCUGAAGAAGGAAAAGGUCCGGGACAAAGUUGUUGAGCUCCUCGACGCGAAGAAGAUUAUGAUCACCGCUGUCGACUAUGUUAGAUUCGCGUGGCCCAACAAGAAGAAUGGUGAGGUCAAGGUAGACGAAGAUGAUUCGGACGAAGACGAGCUCGACUACGACUCUAUCCCACCUAUCAAGCCUGUCGAGGACGGUGAACGUCACUACAGCAACCCAACCAUCGGGGUGGGCGUAGCACCCAACAUUCUCACCGCUGCCGCUGCAUUCGAAGCGACCAAACACAUCCGUGCCUAUCUCGCUGAGUUCAAUGUCAGCGUCAUAGAUAUUGCGUUCCGCGAGACUAUCCCGAAGCCCUCGGUUAGCCCAGCACUCUUCGCUCCAGUUGGUAUCAUCGAUUAUCGCAAGGAAUUCAUCGACUCCGUGUCGGUUGCCCUCAGUCUCCCCAUAGCCGGUCGCAAGACGACGAUGCAGGGCACUAUGGGCUCUGUGCCGAAGAUACAGGUAGUUUUGAUGGGCAAGCCUGCCUUCACGAACUACCUGUCCUCCAUCCAGGCACGAAUCGAAACGUCCAUGGACACUGUCGACGCUUGCCAGGUCAAAAUCAAGGCACUCGCAUCCGACCGCUGGGGCAAGACCUCGCGGCGCGUCAUUGGGCACGUCGUCUGGGCUCCCCCGAUCGGUGUUGGUGCCCAUCCUCACCAGUACACUCGCGACCUUUGUGUGGUCCAAUUGUAUAAGGAAAGCUUCGCCAGUCUGCUCGGGAAUGUGCUUAGUCUUGGCCCCGAGUACACCUCAAAGAAGCUCAAGUCCUUGCUGCAUGAACGAGACGAUGCCGAGUCGGCCUUCGAAUACCCCCCUGACGGCCUCUUUGUUCUCCAAAACAUCCCUACCGCCCAGCAGCUCAGCAACCCCCAUAACAAGAAUGUUGGAGGCGAGCCCCUGCGUCGUGCUGUCAAGCAUGGCUUUGCUACCAAUACCUCUGUGGGCACUGUCAGCAGAUUCAUGUCCUUCGUCCGCAAGUAA